GGGAGCGGCGGAGCCUCGGCCGGGCCCCGCGGGGUCUAUGGGGAAGGCAGCCGCGCUCUGCGGCGGCGGUACCCGCGGGCUGGUCUCGCUCCUCAGCGCCGUCCCCUGCCUGGCUUGCCACGAGCUGCCGGCCAUGAGCGCCGAUCCGGGUGGCCGCGGCGGCGGGGGCCCGGCGGGGGGGCCGCCCGCCGCCCCGCCAGGCUCCGACACCUACAAGGGGUGGCUCUUCAAGUGGACCAACUACCUGAAGGGCUACCAGCGUCGCUGGUUCGUGCUCAGCAAUGGGCUGCUCAGCUACUACAGGACACAGGCAGAGAUGGCACACACGUGCCGGGGCACCAUCAACCUGUCCACGGCCCACAUCGACACGGAGGACUCGUGUAACAUCGUGCUGUCCAACGGGGGCAGGACCUACCACCUGAAGGCCAACUCGGAGGUGGAGAGGCAGCGCUGGGUCACGGCCCUGGAGCUGGCCAAGGCCAAGGCCAUCCGCAUGCGCAACAACCAGUCAGAUGACUCGGGUGACGAGGAGCCCGCCUCGCAGUCAGACAAGAGCGAGCUGCACGGCCCCCUGAAGACCCUGUCGAGUAAGCUGGAGGACCUGAGCACCUGCAAUGAGCUGAUCGCCAAGCACGGCGCGGCCCUGCAGCGCUCGCUCAGCGAGCUGGAGAACCUGCGCCUGCCGGCUGACAGCGGAGAGAAGAUCAAGGCGGUGAACGAGCGUGCCACGCUCUUCCGCAUCACCUCCAAUGCUAUGAUCAACGCCUGCCGUGAUUUCCUGGACUUAGCCGAGAGCCACAGCCGGAAAUGGCAGCGGCUGCUGCAGCAUGAGCGGGAGCAGCGGAUCCGGCUGGAGGAGACCAUCGAGCAGUUAGCCAAGCAGCACAACAGCUUGGAGCGCGCCUGCCGCGGGGCACCCGGCCUGGCCUCGGGCACUGCCAGCAUCGCCAGCACCGCCAAGGCAGGGAGUGUGCAGUCUGCCAAAGGAGAGGCCAGUGAUGAAGAUGAGGAGACGGAGUACUUCGAUGCCAUGGAGGACGCACCAGCUUUUAUCACUGUAACCGCAGACCCCAAGCACCACAGACGUUCAGGCAGCAACCUGAGUGGGGCCAGCGAGGGCCACCCCGAGGACUGGAACCUGGAGGACAGCGUCUUUGAGAGCUCAAAUCAAAGCAGCUACAAUGAGUCCACGGGCAAAGAUCUCCUGCCAAGGAAAAGGAGACGGACUCGCAUUCCUGACAAACCCAACUACAGCCUUAACCUCUGGAGCAUCAUGAAGAACUGCAUUGGCAAAGAGCUCUCCAAGAUCCCCAUGCCCGUAAACUUCAACGAGCCCCUGUCCAUGCUGCAGCGGCUCACAGAGGACCUGGAGUACCACGAGCUGCUGGACAAGGCAGUGAAGUGUGAGAGCUCCACGGAGCAGAUGUGCUUUGUGGCCGCCUUCUCCGUGUCCUCCUACUCCACCACUGUCCACCGCACUGCAAAGCCAUUCAACCCCCUGCUGGGGGAGACCUUCGAGCUGGACCGCCUGGAGGAGCUGGGCUUCCGAUCCCUGUGCGAGCAGGUGAGCCACCACCCCCCAGCAGCCGCCCACCACGUGUACUCCAGGCGAGGGUGGACGUUGUGGCAGGAGAUCACCAUCGCCAGCAAGUUCAGGGGCAAAUACCUCUCCAUCAUGCCACUGGGCGCCAUCCACCUGGAGUUCCACUCCAGUGGGAAUCACUAUGUCUGGAGGAAAGUCACCUCCACUGUGCACAACAUCAUCGUGGGCAAGCUCUGGAUCGACCAGUCUGGUGAAAUAGAGAUUGUUAACCAUAAGUCCAAAGAUAAAUGCCAGCUGAAAUUUACCCCCUACAGCUACUUCUCCAGGGAUGUUCCCCGCAAGGUGACAGGCGUGGUGAGCGACGCUGAUGGCAAAGCCCACUACGUCAUGUCUGGCACGUGGGAUGAGAAGAUGGAGUGCUCCAAGAUCAUCCACAGCAGCCAUGGCAGCACCAGCACCGAGGGCAAGCAGAAAACUGUGUACCAGACACUGUCCCCAAAGGUCCUGUGGAGGAAGUACCCACUGCCGGAGAAUGCCGAGAACAUGUACUUCUUCUCGGAGCUGGCGCUGACGCUGAACGAGCCCGAGGAGCGUGUGGCGCCCACGGACAGCCGGCUGCGCCCCGACCAGCGGCUCAUGGAGAGCGGCCGCUGGGACGAGGCCAACGUGGAGAAACAGAGGCUGGAGGAGAAGCAGAGAGCUGUGCGCCGGCGCAGGGAGGCCGAGGCUGUGGAGGCCCUGGAGGAGGGGAAGGACUACGAGGGGUACACCCCGCUGUGGUUCGAGCGCAAGGCGGACGCCGUCACGGGGGAGCUGAUCUGCGUCUACAAGGGCGGCUACUGGGAGGCCAAGGACAAGCAGGACUGGAGUGUGUGCCCCGACAUCUUCUGAGCCCUCUGUGCUCCAGGGCCACCCUGGGACACCGGCACAGCCCAAGGGACAGCAAGGACAUGCUGGCAGCGUCCUGCCGGGCCGACAGUCAAUACCUGCAGAGAUCCAAACAGGGAUUCCAAACCUAUUUUUUUAUGCACUAAUAAAUAGCACCUUUUUUUUUUUUUUUUGGGGGGGGGGGUGUUGUUUUUGAUUUGUUUUGUUUUGUUUUUUUUUAAAUGAUGGCUUUUCCAGAGACUGCUUAGGAGUGAGGACACAUGGAGCUGGUUGGGUUUAGGAUGUUCAUCUCUGUCAGGAGUUGCUGCCUAUAUCCUCCAGCACCUCGGCUCCAGCGGCUGAGAUAUCGACUUCCAAAGAUGCCCGGGGUGUGGGAAUGCCGUGCUUGUGUGAGCUCUUCUCUUUGCCAUUUUUUUUUUUUUUUUGGGACCCCAUUUCUGUGUGGACUUUAUGGAAUUAUUUUUUUAAAAAAACAAAUCCUGCUCCUGGUUCAGGAUUCCUUCAAAGACGGACACAAACAACUCUGCUUGGAAAACUGUCCCCAGGAGCCAUGGCACUUGAUCCCAGAGGCUCUUGGUGGUUCCACAGUGCCCAGUCAUCCCAGUAACACCAAGCAGGAUAUUUCAGCUGGUGACUUCAGGAUUUUUGACCUGGUUUUUGUUCUUUUAAAGAGCAUUGGAGGUGCUUCCC